GCACGAACAAGCGUGAUGUGGGAAUGGCAGCUGACUGGACCGGACGACUUACCUAUUGACUGUAAUGUAGCUCCAUCUCUCACAGCUAAACGACUUUUUCGGCCGAAGGUUACAUGGUGCGGAAAGGGCCAUGUCUUACUUUGGGACAGUUGUUUGUACGUUGGGGUAAUAAGGCAGGCAGCGUCACUUAGCUAACCUUAGCUAAUGUAACUAGCCAGUUCUUUCAUAACUUGAAGGAGGCAGUCUGUUGACCUUGUUGACAGCUUACUCUCAGUACUUUGUAAUACACUAUUUGUACUAACUACUUACAUAAUGGAACCGUCUGUGCGGCCGAGAAUGUACAAUGGAAACAGUCAGAUGUGUAUCAACGCUGACUGAGUAAUGGUUGCCAUUAUUGGACUCCAUUCCCGCAAUCUUCUAAAUACGUUGCGGCUUUGGCCUUAGAUAGUAGCUACUUGCUCCACACAGGGGCACUGCAGAAAUAAAUACUUCAACUUUCACCCUUUGGCCGCCCGUAAAUUAUUAGAGGACAAUGUCUUUGUGGGUGACAGAGGAGGUCAUGAGGUGGGCCCUGCGCUUCUGCAGCCGCAGGUCUCAAUGGACACAGCGCAGUUUCCCGGUGACAACAUCAGUCAAAAACACAUCUUUCCCCAGUCGGUUAGCCCACGUUUGGGGCACAAGGCAAAGUCAGGCAUGCCUGGCUAGGAGUCUUUUACGUUCCGUGAGGUUUUAUUCACAGGGUGGUAUUUACAGUGAAGAUUUGGAAGAGAAGAGGCUUCUCUCUUCUCCACCGGCAGAAUCAUCACUGCAAACUGAGGCCCAGGCUGCGGACAGCAUCUCAGGACAAAGACAGAUGAGGUCCCCUCUCAUGGACAACCUGCAGCACUGUGGCUCCCCAUCAGACGUGUUGGACCUCACCUGUCAAUAUGCACCCACAGUUCGACAGGUCAGCAACUGCCUGACCCACAUGUGGUCCACCACUAAGAAGAUGUCAGAUGAGCAGCGGCGCUACGAGCUGCAGCUGAUGUUUGAGCAUCCUGCAUUCGACAAGCUACUGCAAAGGGCCAUGAAGGGUGUGGGGCACAUGCGCAGUGAGGAUGUGACUUACUCCCUCUUGAGCAUGGUCAAUCUAGGUGUGCCUCAACGUAGCCAUGUGGUCCAGACUUUCCUCCGAUCCUGCCAGGAGAAGCUGAAUGACUUUGAUGAGAAGAGCCUCUCCAUCUUGGCCUCCUGUCUGGAACACAUGGAGAGCAGCCCUAAUGUCGGUGCACUUAAGGAAGGCAUGAGGCUGGUAGUUGAGGCCCGUCUUCCCGGGAUCAAGAAAGUUAUGGCUCUCCAGACCAUGAUGCGUAUGCUGGGGAAGGAUGCCCCGCUGAACCUCAAACGGAAACUAGAGAGAAAGGCUUUGUCAAUGACAGACCAGUUCAGCCUUCCCAACACCCAGUACAUGAUCUCCACUAUGGCGUCAAUGGGCUUCUACUCCAAACCACUGCUGGAUGUCUGUAGUAAGAAGAUCACAGAAAAUCUCCAUGGAAUCCCCUUCAACAGAUUGUUUGCAGUGCUGCACUCGUGUAGGGAGCUGCACUACAGAGACUUAGAUCUGCUCACUGGCAUUUCAGACUAUGUCACCUCCACGCUCGACAUAUGGACCAACAAACAGGUGCUCCUCUUCCUGUCUGUGUUUGAGAACCUCGUCUUCUGUCCUACUGCGUUAAUGGAGGCAUAUGCUGAGAAGGUGAUCGCAAGCCCAGACACCCUGACGCUUAAAGACCUGCUCUGUGUCCUGAAGGUGUACUCCUCUCUUAACUAUGAUCUGCAGCACCACAGACAACAGUUCUUGGAUAGUCUCAGCCAGGUUCUGGACUCCUAUCUGCCCAAGAUGUCUGGGUUUAUGCUCUUAAGGUCUGUUUUCUAUCUGUGUCUACUGGGCCACUUUCCCUCCGCACCACUGGAGCAACUCCUGCAGAGCAGUACGAUGGAGCAGUUUAACAGCACACCAUCAACUUUCCUCCAGAACCAGGAGAGAAUGUUUCAGACAGUGGACCUGUGCCUCCGUCUUGACCGUCCUCCUCUCCCUCGUCCCCUGGCUGUCCCCCCCUCUGUCCUCGGAGACCCCACCCCUCGCAGCCCCUCAGUCAACCAGUGGCUGUCGCAGGGCCUGCAGAGUGUGUUGGGGGACCAGGCUGACACAGUGCUACAGGAAAUGGUGAUGGUGGAGAACUUCUACCUUAUAGAUGGUGUGAUAACCAAACCUCUGCCAAACCAAACCCCUGUGACCGAAGCGUAUAGUUGUGAAGGAGAAGAGUUGUCUCCAGCAGAGGGCAGUCAAAGAAUUGCAAUAAUUUGCACACCGCAAUCUGGUUUUUGUUAUGGUACAUCCAACCCCCGUGGUCCCUUAGCGGUCAAGAUUCGCCAUCUGAAGAUCUUGGGAUAUAACCCUGUCCUGGUAACUGAGCGGGAGCUGCAGUCUGUCUCUGAGGAAGAGAGGACGGAGUUCCUCAGGGGACGGAUUUUUCCAGAACACCACAGAUCAGACACACGACCUAAAAUGGAGCAACCGUGAUCUUGAAGACAGAUGUCAUUGUUAAAUGGAUGCAGUCAUCAUGACACACGACACAUUGUAUUGAUUUGUAAACAAUAAAUAUAAUGAAGUGUAUAAAAUGAAUGUGCCCCCUGGAAAACUUGAGCUUAAAACCACCUGACAUCCACGUGAAGGGCCGUUUAUCUUUCUAUGAAAAUAAUUUUUGUUUUUUUGUGAUUGCAGUGAUCCUCUUAAAAUCAUUUUAAAUUUCAGAUUGUACUUAUUUUUUGUUGCCAAUUGUAGAUUUUUUCUUAACCUGUAAAUAAAGAAAGAAAAUAGGA